GCAGUCCCGGUCGGGUGCGAGGAGCAGCCAGUGCUCUCUGUGGCCGUCCCGACUCGCAUGUGGACGUCCCGCUUCCAUUCCGGCAUUGUGUGUUUUUUGUGAGGGUCGUACGAGGGGGGUACGAAAGACGACCCGUGUCGUGCCUGCACGCGUCUGUGUCGAGGGCGUGCACUGCAUGUCUGCGUGACACCCCGUCGUCUUGUUCAUUUUUUGACGAGCGUAUCUUGCAUGAAAUCAUGCCUCGCUUUCAGGACUCUGAUAAGCCUUGUGGUCUUUCCAAAUACAAUGAACUCGGCCGUGGAUAGUAGUCGUGAAGCCGUUGUCUUGAGGUGUACCGCAGUGCAUGAUCCAAAAGCGACCCAUUUGAAUGCGAACGUGGUUGUGACAUGUGGGAUGUGUGGUGACUUGUGGUGUUUGGAUGGCAAGCCGGAGUCGUGACGAGGAGGACCCGACGUCCAGUGUCCCACAGCCCCAGUCCCAGUCUCAGUCCCUUGGUCGCACCCGGAAGACUGGACUCUUCACCGUCGCCACGGGCUUUGAUGGAAGUGAUUUACUGCCUAAGGGAUUCAGCGAGUCUGAGGCAGCUCAUCUACACACGAAAGGUUCAGGGAUCCCAAUGAAGGCACCCGAAGAGAUCGAGACUCUACUUAAUACAUUGGUGCGAAUGAGAGGACUAAAUGACAUCCAAGAAAUGACUCCUGGUCUUGGAGAUCCGGCGAUCUCCGAAGUGAAGGGUGGAGUCGGGUGGAGUCGGAGACGAGCUCCAAAGGCAGGAGCUUUUGAGCUUGUCCCUUUUGAGCUCGUCUUGUCCUAUUCAGCUCGCAGGAUUAUAUUGUUAAACGAAAUCACGGCACGGGAGCACGAGGAAGAUGGAAAGCUGCCGAACGGGAAGGGCCCCGAGGUGUCGGGGACGCACGAGGUGUCCCUGGACCACUGUCCCUCCUACGCCUUCCCGAGUCUGCCCUCUUCCUACAUACGCCAACUGGGCCUCCCCAAGGCCAGCGAGGAGACGUCCAUCUCCGGGAGCCCUGCCGUCAGUGGCUGCCUCACCGAGCUGGAGAUUGAAUCCCACUUCACGGAGCUGUCCCUGGCGUUCGCGACGGAUCGCCUGACGCUGGAGAGCCGGCUGGAGAUCCAACUCCGGCAACGGGACCUCGCCGAGGCCAACAUGGAGCAGCAGAUCCAAGACCUCGUGACCAAUCUUCAGAGAGUCCUCUCGUUGUGCACGAAUUCGGAGAGCAUAGAGCUGGUGUCGAAGAUCCAGCAGAAGGUGGAGAUCGUCAAGCAGUCCGCUUCCCGCAUCUCCAGCACUGCCGAGGUGAGUGCUUCCCCCGCAGCUAUACCCGGCCCCUCCCCCCAGGCGUUUCGCUGCUUGAUAGGGGACGGAUGGAAGGAGGCUGGUGGGAGCUACGGUCAGGUGGAGCAGGAGAAGCGAGUCUCCGGGGUCAUCGAUAUCAUGAUCGCCCACGUGGAGAACCUAAAGAGACGGUUCCAGCGGGAGCACACGGAGCUCGAGGAGACCAAGUCCGCUUUUUUCUUUUCCUCAUCUUGGGAUGGCAGGGUGGUGGUGGGGGGGCGGAUCCUGGACGAGAACAAUAUCAUCUUGGAGGGAGAUUCCUUCAAGGAAGAUGGACUUAUGGGCCGCCACCCCAAGUACAGGGCCUUGAGCAUCGCCACCAACGCCUUCCGAAUGACUGACAAAGAGGCCUGUGCGUCCCGUCUCUGGAAGAGCUCUGCAGAGAAGGUUCAGCGUUUGAGUCCAAUGUCACGGGGAAGUGACCUCCCUCGGUUGGUAACCAAGGGGCCCAGAGGCGACGGGCCAGCAUCGGUGGGAUCUCUCCUUCGUCCUCGUUUACGUCUGGUGGCGGUGGCGGUGGCAGUGUUGGUGGCGGUGGCGGUGGCAGUGGCAGUGGCAGUGGCAGUGGCAGUGGCAGUGGCAGUGUUGGAGCCACGAGACCGCUAG